UGUCAUUGUCAUACUUUCGCAUGUAAUUUUGCAAUAAAUGUUAUUAAAAUUUUUCUUUGUGUCAUAUGUUUAAUUAAAAAUUAAGGAACUUUAAUGACAUAAAUCACCAUAUAAAUAUGACGCAAAGAACGCUUACAUUUGUGACAGGCAAUAUUAAAAAAUUGGAAGAGGUUAAGGCUAUCUUAGGUGCCAAUUUUCCAUUCGAAGUAACAAGUCAUAAACUAGAUUUACCAGAAUUACAAGGGGAAAUCAAAGAGGUAUCCAUUAAAAAGUGUCAAGAAGCAGCACGGCGCUUAAAGAAACCUGUAGUUGUUGAAGAUACAUGUUUAUGUUUUAAUGCAUUGAAAGGGUUACCUGGUCCGUAUAUAAAGUGGUUUUUAGACAAAUUAGAGCCGGAAGGUUUGACGAGGCUAUUAACAGGAUGGGAAGAUAAAUCUGCAGAAGCUGUUUGUACUUUUGCAUAUUGUCCUUCCGGUGAUAGUCAUGAUGUAAUACUAUUUCAAGGAAAAACAGCAGGAACGAUUGUAUCUCCGAGAGGGACACGCGAUUUUGGAUGGGAUUGUGUAUUCCAACCUGACGGCUACAACAUGACAUAUGCUGAAAUGCCUAAACAUGAGAAAAACAAAAUAUCCCACAGCUUCUACUACUUUAAUAAACGAGACAAUAAUGAAGAAAUUUUCUACACUUGGAGACAAACGUAA